GCUUCAGCUGGGAGCUUGCCUCAUGUGCCUUCAGACCAUAGCCUGGGACACGUCGUUGGUUCCCUGGUUUUGUGGGAGCCCAGUGGGAUCACUGGGGAGGUGACAUGAUGCAUUUUGCUGUAUAAUAAUUAUUAAUAAUCAUCACUGGCGAUCACUCGUGGCCGAGUAAGAUUGUCUUCCAAGAUAAGGUCUUUAACAGUGGGUCCGUAAGUGACUGUGGAGGCCAUAUCAUCAUCAUCAUCAUUAUUUAAUAAUAAUUAUUAUAAUAAAUUGGUUGAUUACCCACCCUUUCACACUAAUUUCCCAGCAAUUUAACAUGCAACAUUGAGUUCUCUUUCCACCAUCUCUCCCCCAACCUGCAAAAAGCAACCACCACAUUUUAAAAGUAUGUGGAGGAAAACGUAGCUGCCGCCGCUUUAAACAUGCAAAUGAGCUUCCUGUAGCGGGCGGGGGGAGAGAAACAGAAGCAGCAGAACAGCCCAGAAGCAACGUUCGCUGGCGGGCGGGGCAGCCAAUCAGGAGCGAGCCUCCUUUCAGUUUAGGAACCCAGGCCCUGCAGGAGCCCCGCCCCUUUCCUGCUGCUCCUUUGGAGAGGGGGGGGCUCACCCUUUAUUUUUUUUGCAAAAGGAUACCAGGAAAGAGGCAGGUGCAGAAUGCAGAGGAGCGCAAAGAGGGUGCUUUCCACUGCGAUUCAGGAACUGAGAGAAUGAGCCUGCGACGUCAACAGACCGUCCUUCGUCUUUGGGUUUCUAGGAGCUGAGACGAGGGAGGUUCCCCUCCCGCGCUGGAGACAUGUCUUAUUUUGCUGACCAUUUCUGGGGCGAGAAGAACCAUGGUUUUGACGUCCUUUAUCACAACAUGAAACAUGGGCAAAUCUCAGCCAAGGAGCUGGCAGACUUCGUGCGGGAGAGGGCGGCCGUGGAGGAGACCUACGCCAAGUCCAUGGUCAAGAUGUCUAAGAUGGCUGGCAACAGCACCCAGCUGGGGACUUUUGCACCCCUCUGGGAGGUAUUCCGCAUCUCCUCUGACAAAUUGGCGCUGUGCCAUGCAGAACUCGUGAAGAAGCUGCAAGACCUGAUCAAGGAGAUCAGCCGCUACGGAGAUGAGCAGCUGCGGGCUCAGAAGAAGUCAAAGGACGAAGUGGCCGGGACCCUGGAAGCGGUCCAAGUGCUUCAAGGGGCAGCUCAGCACCUCCCCAAAGCCAAGGAGACCUUCCACAACCGUUGUCAGGAACUGGAGCGGCUGCGUCGGGAGGGGGCGAGCCAGAAGGAGAUUGAUAAGGCCGAGCUGAAGUCCCGAAAGGCAGUUGAGGCCCUGCGGCGCGCCGUGGAGAAGUACAACGCCGCGUGCAAUGACUUUCAGCAGAAGAUGCUGGACUCCGCUGUGCGUUUGCAGGAGGUAGAGGAAUCUCACUUGCAACACAUGAAGCUCCUGAUCAGCUCUUACGUCCACUCAGUGGAGGACACCCACGUACAGAUCGGGCAGGUGCACGAGGAAUUCAAGCAGAACAUGGAAAACAUUGAGGUGGAGACACUCCUGCGCAACUUUGCCGAGAGCAAAGGGACUGGGCGCCAUCCACCAGGGCUGCUGAAUUUUGAGGAGCUGAGCAUAAUUCCUCCACAGGAAGGGCCCAAACGGACCCGCAGCAAGGCCUUUCGCAUCCCCGGCCUGAGCCGCAAAGAACGUGAACGGGACUCUGUGGAAUCUCCAGACGCUGAUUCAGGGCCUCCAGAAGUGGACGAGGAAGGGUUUACCGUCCGGCCUGAAACAAAUCAGAACGGGGAAUAUGGCAGCCGCUUUUGCUCCUCCAGCGAUUCGGACUACGACGAUGAAGAGGCCAACAAGUUCUACAUACGCAUCAAGCCCCUGCAGCCCCGGGAGCGCACCAGCAGCGCCGCCGCUGUGGAGCAGCUCAAGGCCUCCGUGGGCAACCUCAUCCUGCCCCCGAGCAUGGGGUGCACAAUGAAAAGGCAUUCAUCCAGGCACUUAAAAACGAUGGCCUCUGCCGCGUUGGAAACUGGCCCUGAGACUGCCCCCGCUCCAGGUGAAAAAGCCAGCAACGUGCAGGCACCGCACUUUGCGACUCGCACAAACAGCUGUGAUGUUAAAUCCGAGCCAGAUGUUCUGCCUGCCAGCGCCCUCUUCGGACCUCCGCUGGAAUCUGCCUUUGAAAAUGAAGAGUUUUCCGCCCCCCGAUCAUACCUUUUGGCUUCCAGCCCAUCCCCCUUUUCCUCCUCCUCCCCCGAGAAUGUGGAGGACUCUGGCUUGGACUCCCCCUCGCACUUGGCCACCGGUCCCUCCCCGGACUCUCGCCUGUGGAGCCCGCGGCCCUGCACGCCCCAGAGCCCCCUCGGCAAGCGGCCUCCCAAGAGCUCCCUUGGCUUCCGCAGCAACCGCUGUGGCCCACCGGCCGAAGACGGCCCCAGCCCUUGGCUGCCCCAGCCUGGAACCCGGGACCUCCCCUGCUUUGCGGCAGAGCCCGACUGGGCCAACUCCGUCUCCGCCUGGCCUGCGGCGGCUCACGGCAAUCCCACCUGCCCCCUUGAGCCCUCCUUUCCCGACCCCUUCUCUGUGGAGGGUGCCUCAAACAAUCGUCGUAUGUGGGCGGCUCGGCCUCGCAGCCCAGCCUCAGAUGUCCCCCUGCGGACAACCUGCGAGCGGGACAGCUGCUUCUCCUCCAACUCUGCCUCGUCCUCCUCCUCCUCCCCGGCGCCUCUCAGCAGUGGAGACUCCACCAGCCCCUCCCCCUGGGCGCCAAGGGGCCGAGAUUCAGAAAACAGCACGCCGGCUGUUCUGGAAACGGCGUCUGAGCCAGCUCCCCUUCCUCUCUCUGCCACUCCCGGUUUGACCCCCAUGAUGGCUCCGCCUCGACGAUGCCACGGAAGAAAGCCCUUGGCAGUUUCGACCGCCUGUGCUGGCAGUGAUACGCCUCGUUCCUUGAGCCCCUCCCGGCUCUGGGCUUUGUCAACCCCUCAGAAUUCAGCUGGCCUGACGGAACGGGCAUUCUUCAUGGCCACGCAGCCGGGACUUGGCAUCUCCCGUGGUCCCUCCCCUGUGGUCCUGGGUUCCCAGGGGUCUCUGCCUGUGGCAGUGGCCUUCACUGAAUACAUCCAUGCAUACUUCAAGGGCCAUAACUCUGACAGCUGUCUUGUCAAGAUCACAGGAGAGCUGACAAUGUCUUUCCCAGCGGGGAUCAUCCGCGUCUUCAGCAGUGCCCCUGCACCCCCCGUCUUGAGUUUCCGCCUCCUACAUACGGCGUCCAUUGACCAGUUCUUGCCCAACGCAGAGCUGCUCUUUAGCGAUGCGUCCCAGAGGGACCCCAGCAGCAAAGACUUUUGGCUCAACAUGGGGGCCCUCACCGCGCACCUCCAGAAACAGGCAGAGCAGGCCACAGCAGCCCCCUAUUACAACGUGACGCUGCUCAGAUACCAGACCUCUAAGCAAUGCCAGGGUUGGGCGCCCCUGGAGCUCUCCGUGAACUGGGAGUGUGCACCGGAUGCCACCCGGGUGUGCGUGGAUUACAGCUACAACGCGGGCGCCCUAGCCUUCCCGGUCAACCUCAGCAACGUCCAGGUCCUGCUGCCUAUUGAGGAGCCGGCUGCCAACGUCCAGCCGCAGCCGGCGGCUUCUUGGAAUCCGGAGGAGAGACGUUUGCUGUGGAGGCUUUCGGACCUCCCGGGCAGCCAAGGCCAUGCAGGGUCCGGCCGCCUUCUGGCCACUUGGCAGCCCUUGAACAGCCCCAGCAAGCCCAGGCCGGUGGCUGCUCAGUUCACGAGCGAGGGCAGCACCCUCUCCGGGGCGGAGGUGGAGCUGGUUGGUGCCGGGUACCGGAUGUCGCUUGUGAAGAAGAGGUUCGCCACAGGGAUUUAUCUUGCCGGCUCCUGAACAACCCGUGAUGGGUGUUGCUUUUGAAAAAAGAAAAGAAACGCGUGCUGGGAGACAGACAGAAUAUAUUUGUGUGUUUUUAAAUUAUUAUUUUUUGCCUGGAUUUUAAACACCAGAGGGAAACAGAAGACAAGACGGAGAACAGGAGGCAUCUGCCGCUGGCCCAGUGGAGGAGAUGGGGACUCCGGAUCCACUCGUGGCGAAGCAAGGGCAGGCUGCGGAUUGCACUGAAGGGCGACACUCCCUUCCGCACUCCCCCGUCCCAAAGUCUCUCCUUUCCUUUUUUACUUGCCAUCGUUCGUUCGUUCGUUCCUAAGCUGUGUCUUGCUCAAAUCUCCCUUUUCUAAGUAGCCUCUGGGGUGGAGGGGUGGGGGUUGCAUUCAGGAACCCGG